UUUGGGACACACUCCCGGGAGGCACACGCGUGUCUCUCUCCGUAUACACAGGCCCCGUGUGAAUCUGAUCCCUUCGCAAAAGAGUAGCUCGUUUGCUCGUUAGUCUGGCCCUGCGGAUACGAGAGACAGCCACCCGUUCCUUUGUCACUCCCGUGAUAUAUCCCGGUGCCUUCGAAAACAAGACACGUCCUUGCUGCCGCCUCGGAUACAUCACCGCCAGCUUCGCUCUCCUCCGCACUUUUCCCCAAGGCAAUUGUCGUUGUUGAGUUGUGUUUACCGUUGUUGUUACUGUUCGCGGAUGCUGUAGAACUGGAGUCGAGACGGCUAAGGGCAGCGGCGGCUGGCUGCUGCUGCUACUAUACUGUCGACUGCGUGGAGUCGUGCCCGAGUGCCGUGUACUUGAGAUGAGCGACUCUGGCUGCAUACACUUGAAAAAUUUCAAGGCAGCCAAGGGCAUACAGCCCUACAAAGUCAUACACUCAUUCUUCGUCACGAGCACCUCCAGCGAGGCGCGCGCCCUUAAGGCCUUGAAUUGUAUAUGCCACACUUGCGGCACCUACAAGGACCGGCUGCACUCGUGCCUGCACUGCAUAUUCUUCGGCUGCUACGUGAAGGGCCACAUCCAGGAACAUGCAAAAACGAAAAAACACUUUCUCGCAGUGGAUCUUAGCUACGGCAACAUCCUGUGCUUCCAGUGCGGCGAUUACGUUUACGACCGCGAAUUGUUCUCGGUGGCUAAGGCCCAGCGGAGCGAGACUGCGAAAUCGCUGAGCCUCGGCGAAUUUUACCGGGCCUGGGAACCCUCCCUCUACGAAGUCGAGCUUCUCAGAAAGAAUCCGCGCAGGAGACGCGUCACCGAGAACUCGACCAUCGGUCUCCGGGGGCUGAUAAACCUGGGCAGCACGUGUUUCAUGAACUGCAUCGUCCAAGCUCUGAUUCACACGCCGCUGCUGAGGGACCACUUCCUGGCUGACCGGCACCAGUGUCCCCAGCCGAACUGCUGUCUCGUAUGCGAGGUAUCGAGCCUCUUCCAGGAGUUUUACUCGGGUAACAAGGCGCCCCUAAUCCUCCACAAGCUAUUGCACUUGAUUUGGACGCACGCGCGCCACCUCGCCGGUUACGAGCAGCAAGACGCCCACGAGUUUUUCAUAGCCACCCUCGACGUGCUGCACAGGCACUGCGAACAGUAUUCACAGACUGCCCCGUUACUCGUAAAGGACAACCCGCACCACUGCAACUGCAUCAUUGACCAGAUAUUCACGGGUGGCUUGCAAAGUGACGUUGUUUGUCAAGCUUGCAAUGGCGUAUCGACGACGAUUGAUCCCUUCUGGGAUAUUUCACUGGACCUAGGUCCGACCUCGAGCAGCGCUACCAGUGAUGGAACGGGGGCGCCUACGAGCUUGCUGGACUGUUUGGAGCGAUUCACGCGCGCCGAGCAUCUCGGCUCUUCGGCCAAGAUCAAGUGCAACAACUGCCAGACCUACCAAGAGAGCACCAAACAGCUGACCAUGAAACAGCUGCCAAUCGUCGCGAGCUUCCAUCUGAAGCGCUUCGAGCACUCCAGCAUACAAGAUAAAAAAAUAUCCACCUUCAUAGCGUUUCCCGAAAAACUCGACAUGACGCCUUUCAUGUCGCACAGACGGAACGGUAACAAUAAUACCGACUUCAUUGACACGUUGCACGAGAACGGCGAAGUUUCGGCACUGAGCGAUAAUAGGUAUUCGUUAUUUGCAGUCAUCAAUCACGAGGGUUCGCUAGAGACUGGACACUACACGGCUUUUAUUCGACAGCAACGGGAUCAAUGGUUCAAAUGCGACGAUCACCUCAUCACAAGAGCUAGAUUGAAAGAUGUAUUAACUAGUGAAGGGUAUUUAUUAUUUUACCAUAAGCAAAUUUUAGAAUACGGCAGCAAUAGUAAAGCGUGAAAAAGUCUGAUUUUGUGUGAUUAUUAAUAAUCAACUUCACAUAACGAUUCCAAUUUUCACUUAGCAGUUAAGUUUGGCCAAUCGUCGUGAGGAAUAGAUUUUCUCAGGCGCUAAGCUCAUGUGCUGAUGAAUUUUUCCGAAAAAUGACAAGAACUGCUGACCCUAUUCUCGUGGCUAAGAGAAUAAGUCUGUCAUUAUUUUAUACAAUCAUGUUUAAACUGUUUGACUAUGUUUACAUUGGGACGAGCAGUUUUAUCAUUGACAAAGACUUGCUAUGUCAAUUAGCAUAGCGUUCUAUUUUCUAACUUAGAUAUGAAAAAAAAAAAUUUUGCUGGGAUAUGCAAAUUUUAUGUGAAUUACGGUGUGAAAAAACUUUUACCUAUGAUCUGACGUUUUUUUAUUUUCUCGUCUUAUCUCGUCUUCGUCAGAUUUUUUUGACGCUCAAAACGGAAAGAAAUAAAAAAAAGAUCUACAACACCUUUUGUUUUUCGACUCGACUGAAAUAGUUUUAAACACUUAUCCGCGCGAUUUCUUAUUUUUACAAUUGUUUUGUACACAUCAAACGCAAGAUUUUUAUUAUGGAGUCGAUGAAAAAUCCUAUAUAUGACUUGGUGUAUCAAAUUAAACUUUCCUUUUACGCGGUUGGAGGACAAUUAGUGAUUUUUUUUUCUUAUUUGUAAGUUUUCUGUAAUGUAUGAGACGACACGAAAUUUUCAAACUUAUGCGUGGAAUAUUGAUGUGAAUAUAUUUGUUUACUGUGUUCAAAAAAAAAAAAAAAAGUUAU